CACCUCGUCUCCGCAGGGAGCUCCCAGGGCGCGGACGCUCGGCGCCCGGGGACGCGCGCCCACGCCGCCGAGCGCCUGGUCCCAGCUCCUGGCGUCUCACUUCUGCUGCUCGCAGCCCCUCUGGGCCGAGCUGCGGGGCGGAGGUGACGAGUACGGGUGCGGGCAGCGCUGCUGUUUGCUCCGGGCCUGCCUCCUGUGUCUGGAGCCCGAAGGAGCGCUCCAGACGAUCACGGCAGAGGGGCCGGGAUAUGGAGCCCCUGGUGCGGGAGGAGAGGUGCCCGGGGGUGGGGGUGGGAAGGGAAUUGGGAGGAACAGAUUGCCUUCCAGACCUUGGGCCCGAAGAAUUCUCAGGUGCGAGAGGGGGUUGGCUGCGCUGUUCUGGCGCUUUCCUAAAGGCUCCCUUUCCCCUAGAAGUCUUUAUCAAUCCCAGUGGUUGAGUCCGCCGAAGUCGGGGACCUGUUACCCCCUCACACACCGGUUACGUCAUGGCCGCGGGAUCCUCGGCCUGAGGUUCCCCAGGAAUGUUAGCUGGAGCCGGGCUUGGAACUCGGGCAGUUUGUAGACUUGUGCUCAUCACCAUCCCGUCUUUGCCCUGGGGCCCAGUCCCGACGAGUGAUAGAAAUAAGUGUCUUUUGCCCACCUAGGAUCUGAGAUGCCCUUGUCCCCCAGGCUUCAGGUGGUGCCUUGCUCCCAUCCGCAGAGAGGGAGCCUUUCUCUGUCUUAUUGACGUAGCAUGUUAAUGCCAGCAGUAACCGCAGCGUCUCUCUUACGGCAGAAAGAGAGAGGAACUGGAGAGAGAUCCUUGCUGUGUUUUUUCACAAGCUUGCACACACGGCUCCAGCCUCCUUUGCAGUGAUGGUGAUGGAUUCCUGACUCCUGGAAAGGUCUUGGGGAUGAUGUGGAGAGAGGGCAGAGCUGAGAAGGCCCAGACAACACUCAUGACCCAGAGGGAGGGUUAGGCUUAGGGUUAGGGUCAGGGAAGCCUCCGACCCAGAACCCGGCGGUGCCAUUGAAGUGGUUCAAGGAGCUGUCAGGCAUGUCCAUGCUGCCUCGGGUCACGGAAGCCGACUGGUGAAAGGACACUGGACUUGUCAGGAGAGAAGGCGGGCAGUAUCCUUGGGAGCAGGAACCAGAGUGCAGUGGGGUGGGAUGGGGAGGAGACAGCAGCUGGUUUGGCCUUAGGCAAGUCACCUACCUGAACCUCAUGGAUAGUUGUGAGGAGAACAUGAGAAAGUGAGAAACGAGACACCUUGCCUAGUGACUGACACACACCAGGUUCUCAGUGCCCUUUAUCCCUGUGGUGGCAGGAGCAGGUCAGAUCCUCAUGCAGCUCUGGUCCGGGUCUCAUCCAGGUGCCCUUGCUCUUGUUAUUCCCAAGGGUGAAGCUCAGAAGCCUUCCUGCUUCCUUGAGGCUGUAAGCCACUGACAGUGACUCGGGCCAAGGUCUGUGAGUCCUUUACCAGUGCACAGGAGAAAAAGCUCCUAACGUCGAUGUCGAGCACUCCCCCCACUUGUCAUCCCAGAGCUCACAGGGUCCCACUCCAGGUUAAGAUCCCACUUCAUUUCCAGCACGGAGGAUUGCCCCAUCUCUCUCAACAUCAACUGUGUAUUCACACAAUUUCAUGUUACAUUUUAUCCAGCAGAUUCUAUGUGUUAGAACAGAAAGGUGGGCCAUGGUUGCUCAGUAUGUUGUGGGAUCACAGGUGUGGUGUAUUUUUACUUCCUUUUGUUCAUUUCAUUCAGGUUUCUUUAAAUGAAAGUAUCGAUUCAAUUUUGUUUGAAUUCACAAAAAACAAGGAGCUAAGCAAACACUGACAGAUGGCUGAUGUUCAGAUAAAUGUUUAUUCAAAGCCAGGCCAGGUAUAACUCUCUGAAGUUAGGGGAAAAUUAUGAAAACCAUUAAAAGACAUACUUUUUUUUUUUUUUAAGAUUUUAUUUAUUUAUUUGACAGACAGCCAGAGAGAGAGGGAACACAAGCAGGGGGAGUAGGAGAGGAAGAAGCAGGCUCCCAGUGGGAGAGCCUGAUGCAGGGCUCGAUCCUGUAACGCUGAGAUCACGCCUUAAGCCGAAGGCAGACGCUUAACGACUGAGCCACCCAGGCGCCCCAUAAAAGACACAUACUUUUUAAGCUAUUUUCUUGUAGACACGUGUAAGCUUGUUGGCAAGGAGUACAACAGUCUUUUUAAACAUAAAAAUCAGAAGAUAUUACUUCCAAAACAAAACCCAACAUCCUACCCGCCCUUCCUUUUUUAAAGAAAAAUGAGGCUUAAACUAUCAGCUUACUUUUAUAAUACCCCAUAUGUUCCUGUAAAAGUGAUAGGUGACACUUGGGAAGGGAAAAAAUCUUCCACAGUGGGGAAAUGGGCACUGGAGGAAGGUAGACCUGGGUUUGAACCUUAGUGCUGCCUCUUACUAGUUUAGCGACCUUGGGCAGUUAACUGUCUCUCUUAGUCUCCGUUUUCUCAUCUAGAGUAAAUAAUGGAGGGAACACCUGCCUUAGAAGGUUUAGAGGAGUGUGUGAGACAGUGCGAGUCAGUUGCUCAGCUCUCUGCCUGCUGGGGUUUGAGGGGCCCUAAUAAGCAGUUUCCCACCUCUCCUCCUGAGUUCUGAACCAGUGAGGCACAUGGCCAGACUGCCACCUCGCUUCUGGGCAAAGGCUGGGUCAGAGCAUCAGACAGACUCAGGAGCUUGCUCACAGGAAGCAUAGGUUGCUGGGGCCCCUCGGAGGCUGCUCUGCUGACCCUGCCGGCGUAGAGGGGCAGAGCAGCACAUGAGCCCCUGUGGAACAGGCUGUGCGCUCCAGCCUGUUACUUGCCCAGACUUUCCAUUCUGCUAACUCCUUCUGUGUCUGGGGAGGAGAAAGGGUCAGGUGAGUGGGCAGAAUACCUCAGGGAACAUGCCUCCUUGUGACACCAGAGGCACGGGGACGAAUGUUCCUUCUAGUGUCUGGUCCGAGUAGGGAUUCAGUGACUAUCUGUGCUGGUGACAGCGUUCAGAGAACCAGGCUAACAUCUGUGUGGAUAAACUUGAGGAAUGCCAGGAUAUAUUAUAAGCGGGGGAAACGUUGCAGAUGGAUGACUGUAGUGCGAUCCCAUUUUUACUUUUGAAAAUCAAGUUUCUGUGGGUAAAUGUAUGUGUAUGAUUGUAUUUUUUCAAGCAGAGUGUCAAUGAACAUGUGUUAUCAAAACAGCUAACAGCGGUAAUAGGUUGAAUUGGUGGGGAUUCUAGUGUCUGAAUUUUGUCUGUAUUGUCUACACUUCUUUAUUAUUUGAAAUAUUUUUACGACGCAUACCUUGUGUUUGUAACGGCUAAGGGUUAAAAAGAUAGAAAAGUAAAGCAGGGUGUACAACUGAGUGGUAUAGUCCCGAUUUCAUAAAAAUUCUGGUGCAGGAAAAAUACCAGAGGAAAAUGUUCACUGGUAAUCUUAGUGGUGGGGUUAAAGGUCAUUUUGUUUUUCUUUUUUCAGUUUUUCUGUUGUUUCCAUUUUCUCAAUUGGCAUAAUUUACCUUAUAGCUUGAAAAAAUAAGUAAUUUUUAUAAGCAGCAGAAAGAUUUUUAAAAACCAGGUUAUUGAGCCUUUAACUCCAGAAAACGUCCUCAGUGAAUGCCAGGAGGCAGGCCUCAUCUGUGCCACGGGUCACGGCUCCGCUGGGUGGGUCGCUGCGCCAGGGGGCUGUGUCAGCAGAUGAAAUAGCAGGCAGGUUUCAUACAGACAGAAAUGCCUGCCACAGACUUGUGCGUAGCUCCUUGUCCUUAUUGCCAGUUAUUGGUGUGUGGUUCUUUCUUUUUCAUCACUGGGAAGAUUACUAAUCAGCCUGUUUCUAAUCAUUACUUAAGCAUGAUUCAAGUUGCUGUAACAGAGAUUGAAAAUAGUGUUUCUAACAAAAAACUUAACUUCUCAUUCCACUUUGCCUAUCUAGGUGGCUCUGGCCAUCAAGGCCAUGUGGCAGCCUGGCUGUUUUGCCUCACCUGCGUGUCACCGUGGGGAGGGAGAGCGGAUGUAGAGUUUGGGGCCCUGCACACAUCCCUUGCAUUCCCAGCUCAUUGGCCGGAUCUCAGUCGCAAGGUCACACCCAACUUCAGGGGACUCUAGGAAGUGUAGUCAUUUGCUGGCUGGCCAUGUGCUUACUCAAAUUUUAGGUGGCAUUUCUGUCACUCAGAGGGAACAGAGAGUCUGAGCAGUCUUCAGUCUGCCACGGUUUACCCACUGGCUACUCUUUGUCUUACGCCAAUUACUUCCUCUGGCCCGGAGGGUGGGGUGUGGCUUUUUUUUUUUUUUUUACCAGGUGCCAGUGCAGCUUCACACAGUCAUACUUUAAACUCAUGCCAGCCCUGGCCUCCCUGAAUGCUGUCUUCAGCACCCACCAAAAGGAGCGUGACUGUAUGGACUCGCCCACUCAAGAAGGGGCAGAAUCGCUGCCCACAGCUGUCCUGGUUCCCAAUGGGGUUUGCAAAACUAUCCGGACCAGGUGACCACUAAAGUGAAGCGGACCUGGGACCUGGCACCCAGCAGUCACUCCAGCCACUCUGUCCCUGGAGUUGGGUGUUGGAGGUGGAGCCCCAGAGAAGCCUUCUCAAGUGGGUGAGAUUCUGACCUAGGAACUUGUGACAAGAGGGUGACUCUAGAGCCUGAAUUUCUGAGGAUGGAAAUCUGCCCAAGACUAUGUCAGAAACACUUACAGUGAUGGAGCCCCCUGCCUCUGAGUCUGGGGCAUUCCCUGAACCCAGAUUAGGACGACUGUUGGGAAAUCCAGAAGGGCAGAGCCUGCGGAGCUGCCCCCCUCAGGAGGGUGGUUUCAGGGGGGUGACGGUUACCCAUUGGAAGAUCCAAGCAGGAGAGGCAGCUCGGGUGGGCAGUAAAUCAGGAGAAAGCCCAGUUCUGAGCUCAAACCACCUCCUUCUCCAGAGAGAGCUUGUGGAAGGGGAAGCCCACCAGUGUGAGAUUUGUGGCAAAAGCUUCACAUUUAACACGGACCUAGUUAGACAUCAGAUUUCUCAUGCUGGGGAGAAACUUUACAGAUGUGAGCAGUGUGGGAAAAGCUUCAGCCAGAGCUCCCACCUUGCUGAGCAUCAGAGAGCUCACACUGGAGACAGACUCUAUGUGUGCAACAUGUGCGGGAAGGACUUCGUUCACUAUGCAGACCUCGGUGAGCACCAGAGAGCGCAUGCAGGAGGAAAGCCAUUCCGAUGCAUGCAGUGUGGGAGAGCCUUCCAUCACAGCUCAGACCUGGUUCGGCACCAGCGAGUUCACACCCGGGAGAGGCCUUUCGAAUGCAAGGAGUGUGGGAAAGGCUUCAGCCAGAGCUCCUUGCUUAUUCGCCAUCAGAGAAUUCAUACAGGAGAAAGACCUUAUGAGUGUAAUGAGUGUGGAAAAUCCUUCAUUAGGAGCUCAAGCCUUAUUCGACAUUAUCAGAUCCACACAGAAGUGAAACAGUAUGAAUGUAAGGAGUGUGGGAAGGCCUUCCGUCAUCGCUCAGACCUUAUCGAACAUCAGAGAAUUCACACUGGAGAGAGGCCCUUUGAAUGUAACGAAUGUGGGAAAGCCUUUAUUCGGAGUUCAAAACUUAUUCAGCAUCAGAGGAUCCAUACUGGGGAAAGGCCUUAUGUGUGCAAUGAGUGUGGGAAGCGCUUCAGCCAGACAUCAAACUUUACCCAGCAUCAGAGAAUUCACACUGGAGAGAAACUCUAUGAGUGUAACGAAUGUGGGAAAGCUUUCUUUCUGAGUUCGUACCUUAUUCGACACCAGAAAAUCCACACUGGAGAGAGAGUGUAUGAAUGUAAGGAAUGUGGGAAAGCUUUUCUCCAGAAAGCCCAUCUCACUGAACAUCAGAAAAUCCACACUGGGGAUAGGCCCUUUGAAUGCAAGGACUGUGGGAAAGCUUUCAUUCAGAGCUCCAAGCUGCUUCUACAUCAGAUUAUUCAUACCGGGGAAAAGCCCUAUGUGUGUAGUUACUGUGGGAAAGGCUUUAUUCAGAGGUCAAACUUCCUUCAACACCAGAAAAUUCAUACUGAAGAGAAACUCUAUGAAUGUAGUCAGUAUGGGAAAGACUUCAACUCAACCCCAAACUUUAAAAAUAAUCAAGGUGUUCACCAAGAGGGACUUCCCUUGAGUAAGACCGCCAUACAUUUGGGUGAGAAGUCUGCAGGUCAGGGGGAACAUACAGAUAACUUAUAAAAUAAUAACUCUCUAGCUCAGUGAGUGAUGUUUAGAAGGGAGUGGAAUGAGUCUUAACUCAUGUGACUUUGGAUGUGUCCGUGUUUUCCAAAGUCCUAGACAGGGCUCCUUUUGCAGUGGGCUGUCACCUACCACUGUGCAGCAGCACUGGGCUGCUGUCCUCCACUACGAAUGUGUGACGUCAGGAGAGCCACGUGACUGGACAACUGACUUUGAGCUGGAACAAUGCUGGGGGAGGGGCUAGGUCUCAAAGAAGUUUUCUGUAUGUUAUUGCACAAUUACAAUUCACCCGAGUUAAAAAUCCCUUUUAAAGCAGAACUAUGUAUCUAAUCUUAAUACUUAAAAGAAUAUCACAUGGUAAAUUUUGAUCAAAAAAGCAAGUUAGAGAAAGGCCUUUGUUAUUUAAAACCACAAGUUGGUUCCCGGUUGUCUUUAGGAUAAUUUCCAAGUUCCUGGUCCUGCUUUCUAAGGCCUUUUGCUUUCUUGAGUUUCAUCUCCCACUGCUUAACCUCCUGCCACAUGGUUGGUGCUGCAGCAACACUAACUGCUCGACGUUCCCACUUCACCCAGGCUGCACCUGCCUCCUUCUCUUUGUCCUUGUUUGAAUGCUCUCCACUCCACACCUGGUUAACUCCUCAUCAGGAGUCAAGACCCAUCUCAGGCAUCAUGUCAGGCUCAGCCAGCUACGCCUCUGUGCUUGUGUUGUUAGCGAGCACUUCUAUUACUGCACUUACUUUGGUAUAUCAAAACCAUGUUUUUAUCUAUAAUUUCUUUCAUUAUUACACUACUAAUUCCUCAAGGACCUGGUCAUAGUUGAUUGAUUUAUGUGUCCCUGGUACCUAGUGCAAGGCAAUAAAACACACCCAAAUCUAUGUUUGAUUGGCUUUUCUUUUGCUUUGUCCUACUGUAAAUUAAAUGUUUGGAUUUCAUUGUUUUGUAACAGUAUAAUUUACUGGUCUGUUGGAAAUAUCUUCUCUCUCAGCACUUUCGAUGUCUUCUGCUUAUAUGUAACUCAGAAGUUGUAAGCAAUAGCUAGUAGAAGACUAGCUUGCUUCAUAUUUAUGCCUUUAGAGCUCACCCGUGACCGUCUGCUUGUUUUGGGGCAGUGUUGUCUUCACCUGGUUGCCUGCAUAUCUUUCUAAUCUGCUCAGGGCACACAAUCCCAGUGCACUGCUCAAGGUUUUCUGUCUCAGCAGUUCCAUGAUUGACCUCCUCUCUUCUGGUCAUUUCCCCUGCUUUCUGGCUCAUUUUGUCAUUUAUCUGAAAAUGUAUUAAUGUAGAAGGACCAGCGCUGAGCACUUAGGGAACAGUUGAAAUUGUUGGCUCUGAUGGGGAAGAGAAAGAUCACUGCACAGAGUUAAGUGCUGGAGUAGAAGUUCCACAUUGUGUAGGAGCAUAGGUAAGGAGGUGACUGACCUGGUGUGGAGGAUCUGGGCUGGCUUCACAGAAGAGGUGACCCCAGAACUGAGAGAGAGCCAUGGCAGCUAGAGAAGAGGAUGACCUGGGAGAGGAAUCUGCAGAUACGGGAGGCGAGGCAGACGCCUCUUUGGGGAGCUGUAGUAUAUAGUAGAUAAUGGUCUACCCAACUUUUCAGUUGCUGCCUCUGAUUUUUUUCUCUCAACAUUAACCAAAACAACCACUUUUGAAAUGACGUGAACCAGUUUGUUUGUUUGUUGCCUGUGAGGGCGUAUUCUGAGUUCUUAAAUUCCAGCAACACUAGAAGGCUUCAGGGGGUAAAUGAUAAAGAGGAGCAUAUAGUACUACAUCUUCUGGAAAACUCCUUAUUACUAGAGAUGUUUCAAAUGGUACAGAAGACAUAUUACUAGACAAUUUCAAUCAACUUCAGUGAUGUCUAGUUUCCAUACAGUAAAACACCUAUUUAAAGUGUACAGAAUUUUGAGAAACCAUAUACUUGUGUAACCACUAUUAGAAUAAAGAAAAAUAACAUUCUUAUCACCCAAACAUGUUCCCUUUUGCCCUUUCCCAGUUAAUCCCACCCUAGUCCCGACUUCCUGCUUUGGGUCAGUGUAGAUUAGUUUUGCUUGUAGAGCUUCACAUGAGUGGACCCACACAGUUUGUAAUUCUGUGUGUCUUUUGCUUUGGCAUGUUUUAAAGACUUAACCAAGUAGUUGUGUGUUUGGGUAUCUCUCUGCUGCGUAGCGUUCCAUUGUAUGGACAUAACUUUGUUAGUCAUCCACCUGUUGAUAGAAAUUUGGGUUUCCAGAUUUGGCUUUUAUGAAUAAAACUGCUAUGAGCAUUUGUGUAAAAGUA